CAUACUAGAGCAAUGUUUAAUGAAUUGAUGGCUUCCAUCAAGGUAUAGGGAAUAUCAUAUUUCCUACUAUAUUUGCAUGCAUUAUGACAGUUGGUUUUAGGCAGAUGAGCAACGUCUACCAUUUUCUUACGCGUUGGGUAUUAUAACUUAUUCUCCAUGAAGUUUCCUUGGGAAAGAUGUGGUCAAAUAUUCCAGGAGAUGAGACUGAAAUCUGUGUACGGACAUACAAAACAUGAGUUCCAUAAUUCUUACGAAGGACGAAGUUGAUAAAGAGAACACCGUUGAAAUCUUGACAAAGAGUGAAAUUAAUUUUCACAGUGCUGCCAAAGAUAAUGACUUGGAAUCAAUCAAAAAGCUUCUUAGAGAAAAAGUAGACAUCAAUUGCAAAAAUAAUUUGGAUAGAACACCACUACACUGGGCCGCAGCUAACGGUAACCUAGACAUCUUAGAAAAAUUGGUUGACGCCGGGGCAGACGUAGAAGCAACAGAUAAGUAUGGGAUGAGACCAGUUUUAUGGGCAGCCUGGUUUGGUCAUUUGGAGGCUAUGAAAUUUUUAAUCAACAGCGGUGCUACCCCCAGAUGUACUAAUAAGCAAGGCAUGGGAAUUCUUCAUUGUGCUGCACAGAACAGUCACGUCCAUAUCAUGAAUUUUAUAUUUGAAUCUCUUGAAGACUUUAAAGUUGACGAAAUGGAAAAGUCAGACAGAACUGCAUUAUUUUUAGCAGCAGAAGAAGGACACAUAGAAUCUGUCAUGAGACUGAUUGACAUGCGUUGUGAUGUCACAAUAAGAGAUAAGGAAGGUGAAACAGCUGUACAUGUUGCAGCUAGGAAAGGUCACCACCACGUGGUUAAAAGACUUCUAAUGAUUGGUGCUUUAGUAGAUGACAGAGAUGUUGAUGGUAGAACCGCCUUACAUGUAGCAGCAGAUAAUGGUCACGCAGACGUUGUUGAUGUAUUAUUGGAAUUUAAUGCUGGUGCUGACACAGAAACAAUAAAAGGAAUGACCCCAUUACAUUUUGCAGCAACAAAUGGCCAUGACGAAGUAGUUAUGACCAUAAUCAAAAAUGGUGCUUAUAUUGACGCUCAGAAUUUUCAAGGGAACACUGCAUUACAUUUGGCAACUUUAGGAAAUUCCCGCCACAUUAUAGAAAUAUUGAUCCAAGCUAACUGUGACAUCAACAUAGCUAACAAUCGACAGCAAACUGCAAUACAUGUAGCUGUAGAAAAUGGUUUUCAAGAAUCUGUUGAAGUAUUAUUGGCUGGUGGUGCUAAUCUUUCCCGGCGUGAAAAGCUGGGAAAAACACCGCUUCAACUGGCAUCUAGAGGAAGUUUUGUUGCGAUUGUAGAUAUGAUAAUCAAAGCUGAAAGAUACUAUGCAGUUACAAGGGAAUACAUGGAACAGGAGUUGGAUUAUGUUGACCCACACCAGUACCUGAGGACACCAAAACAUCCAUCAUCAACGCAAAUGAAAGACAUUUUAUGGAAACUUGCUACAAAACAAUUAAAAGCAGGCGACUGGAAAAAAUUGGCCGUUCACUGGAAGUUCACUUCAGAUCAUAUAAGAUGUAUUGAACAUCAGUACACUGGUACAAAUAGUCACAGAGAACAUGGUUUUCGACUUUUAAUGAUUUGGCUUCAUGGAGUGCGGAAAGAUGAAAAUGUUAUCAAACUUUUAUUUGAAGCAUUAGUCGCCAUAGAUCGCCGUGGUUUAGCAGAACAAAUGCGUGGAAAAUCUGAAGCUCGAUCACCGAAAGUAUGUAUGGGAAAAAUGUGUGCCAUGUGUUGACUGAAUCCGAUGAAGGAAGUCAAUGUAGACGGUUGUAUCAUAUUCCAAAUGAAACAGAUAUCACCAUUAUAACAUACAAACAUAAGACAUUGGUGUCAUUUAAAGUUAUGGAUGCAUAUAUAAAUUGAUCUCAGCUUAUACAUUUGAAUAUCAUUCGAGUUUUGAAAGAAAAUUUGCAUAAUAUCAUCAACAUCAUAAACUUCUAGUCAUCUUUUUUGAAAUAUUUGUCUAUUGUUUGAUGAAUUUAUAUGAUUAUGUUAAUGAAUUAAUUUAUUAACUUUUUAUGAAUGCUUAAAAUGUGUAUGUUGGUGCAUUAUCAAGAUGUAGUGUAAGAGAACUUUCCUUUAUAAGGAAGAUUUCUGUAUUUUAUCAGAUAUAAUUUAUCGAAUGUGUUUUACUUAUGACUAUAUAAACUUUUAUAUUUAUACUUAUUGAUUUUAGUUGAGAUAUAAGAUAAGAAAAUAUAAGUUUAAACAAAUCCUGUUAGUACUAUAUGUUCUGCUUUACCUCGUUUUAUUAAAUGCAUUGACAUUAUACGCAAACAAUCCAUUAUACUCUCCUCGAAGAAUUAUCUAUGAU